GCUCCACGCAGGCACCCCCCGAGCAUGGGUACCGAUUUCUUCCUUCCCACAAUCUCAACCGAAACGUGAUCCGAGCGCACAUUUCUGAUACAGUUCCCGAAAGAAACCCGAUACAUCUUUCCUCACCACAAAUUCCGUCUUAGUACACCGCUCUCCGUCAGGAUAGAAGUGUGUGAAUGUGGCGGAUGAAACGCCGAGUUUGGAGCCGGGUUGAAGAGAUAAGCGAGAGUGAUAAGAAAACGACGACACUGUGCGGUGGCAAGCAACUGCUACGACGUCGACCACGAUGACGACGCCGACUUCGGGCGCAUCGAGUGCGGCGUAAGACAGUGGAAGGAAGGAAGGAUUUGCCGGCUGGGUGGAAGAACACACCACAGCGUCCCGAUCGGAGUGGAGCCCACCGGUGUGGGUGGAUCUAUUCGGAAGGGAGACCCAGCAGUAGGUGAAAUUUCCUUCUCGACACGGAACAGGGGAAUCAUCCUCAGAACGGUGUAACCCGGGUGUCAGUGAGCUUUCAUCCGGCGUACGGUACAGAACGCUUUUCCACGGGUGCUAAAGAGUUUUCCACGUAACGUAACACUAUCGUCCCGUGGUCCGUGUGGCGUGUGUGAUUUGUAACUGGUUUUUUUUUUGGAAGCAAUCAAUCGUCGGUGUGGAUAGACCAGUUUUAGAACCGUUUAAUACGCAUCGUUUAGGUAAAUUCGUUCACUUAGCUUAAAGUUAUUCGCCACCUGACCCGUUCGAAAACCUGCAUGAGCUUUUAGUUUAUUGAUAAAGUCGUAAUCCCUUCUGAGCUAUCUGUUACAUACAUUUCACGCAUAGCUGUGGUACAUUAUCGUGAUUGUUUUUGCACCGAACCAAUUCCAUUCGCACCCACACUUAUAUACACAUUACGCACGAAAAGCGAACGCAUCCCCGUAUCGUCAAAAUGAAGGUUGACAUACAAAAUCACGUCGAUCAUCUUCCGGCGCUCAACGGUAUCACCGUAUCAUCCACCCAUGAUCCACUCAUACUGGAUGAAACAUGUCUGAUGCUGUCGAACUUACUGACGAGAAGCAACCGGAUGGCUUCGAAAGCGCCAACAAUUUGCGAUGGAACGGCUAAUGUCGACCCGAAACCGAGCGAGAUUGAUAGGGAACUAUCGAUUUCCGUCAUAACCGAGGAAGACACCGUGGACGUUUUGGAUCUGCUGAAACGAUUUUUCUUCAAGGAUGAACCACUCAACACGUACGUCCAGCUCGGUGAGUGCAAGGAAUUGGAGAAGUAUUGCACCAAAAGCCUGGGAGAACACUCUUCCUUCAAGGCCGUUAAUUCGAGAGGCGAAAUUGUGGGAGUCAUCCUUAACGGCACAAUCAUGAAACCGCAACCGGGCGAUGAACCACCGGAAAAGUUGGCCACCAACUGUGCGCAUCCCAAAUUUAGGAAAAUCAUGGCGUUAAUGGACCACGUGGACGAGAUGUUCGACAUCUUCGAGCUGUAUCCGGACAUCGAUCGAUUUUUGGACUGCAAAAUCAUUUCGGUCGACACAAACUACCGUGGCCUGGGCAUUGCGGGCAUGCUGACGGAUCGCGCACUGGAAUAUGCUUCCCUGAAUGAUAUUAAGUUGAUACACGUCCUGUGUAGCAGCCAUUUUUCGGCCCGCGUUAUGGAGAAGAUGGACUUUACCGAGGUGUUCCGUUUACCGUACGCGGACUACCUCGUAAACGGCGAGCAGGUAUUCGACCCCGAGAAACCUCACGUGGCGUUGCGAAUCUUGACGAAACGGUUAGACCACUAGGCUAGACUAGGCCGCUGGACGGUUUAACGAUUCUUCAAAUCUGACCCAGUAUUCAUGGUUGCCCGAUUCGAACAAAAAUGACCCGCUCGGACAUCGCUGUUCCGCACAGAGUAAUAGGACCGGAUUUUAUUCACUCAACUGACGGAAUCGCGCAAUGUCAAUUACUACUUACGCGUAUUGAAAGAUGCGGUAAAUAUCUGGUUCCUCUUUCAUGGGGCAUUUUCGAAAGAAAUUUUUGUAUCAUGUAACGCUACAAGUCAUACUUGCAAAGAUAUGCUAACUUGUGAUAGUGCUUGUGUUUUAAAUGUGCUCCAUUUGAUCAUUAAAGUUACGUUUUUAAAUUAGUUCGGUGCAAUCACACGUUGGGUGAUGAGAUGAGGUUGCAACAGUGUUGCGGAUAUAUAUGUAACGGUAAUCAGAUAAUAAAUAAUUAUUUAUAAAUAGCAUAACCAUGGAUAGUUUUCACU